CUCAAGAAACGAUGAAUGUUCUGGCACAUUCGAAUCAUUCAAAUAGAAUAUCCCUGCAAUUCGCUGUUCCUUCAUCUGAAAUUAAUUAAGAAUUGGUUGGUUGCGUUUUUGGAAAAUUGAUAACCCUAAUCUCGAAAAUUCCCCCUUUGUAAUCAAACACAUUCAAUUCCAAUGCAAGCAGUGGGGAGAUUCGGCGGUUACAUCACGCGCGGUGGAGCUGUCGACAUUGUUGUUGUUCAGCAGAAAGAUGGAACCUUCAAAUCCUCACCUUGGUACAUUCGAUUUGGGAAAUUGCGCAAACUUCUCAAUAGGAACGAAAUUGACAACAACAAGGUUCAGGUUAACAUCACUGUCAAUGGUGUUGAACCUGAUUUCAACAUGUAUUUGAAUCAAAAGGGGGAAGCCUUCUUUCUCCAUGCACAACCACAACAACAACAACAACAAGGAGAAUCUAUGUUGGAAUUCGAUGAUAUUCAACAAAGGUAUAGUAGUAGUAGUAGGAGGAUUUUGAAGUCACAAAGUUGCAAUUAUGAUUCCAAUUCCGCGGCUCAAGUUGAUGAGAUUGUGCCCAGGAAUAAUGGUUCUCGUCGUUCUAGAUUACUUGGAAUGGUUUUUGGAUCAAGGGGUGCUGAUGCAAAUGGGGUUGAUUUAUUGGAGCGUGCUGAGAUUGCAGCUAAAUUGUUGGAGCUCAAGUGGUCUACAAAUCUCACUUUUGAUCAAAUGCCUCCUAGGGAUAGGAAGAAAACUAGCUUCAACAGUGAUAAGGAGGAAGCUUGUCCCUGCAAUGAACGAGAUGGCGUCGGUUCCAAGUCUGAGUUUGAUGAGGUUGUGUGCCUUGCAAGUCCCGGCUCUGCUAAAAUUCUUCUGCUACCUGAGGUUGCAAACACUGAGGGAGUUGCUGAAAAUUUUGAUCUUAGGGUGCCGGUAAUGGAGGUCUCUGAGUUGCAUUCUCAGCAGAGAGAUUGUUCUGAGUCUGAUAUGUUUGAUGUCGCAGAGGUUGAAAACAUAUCAAAGUUUCGAAAAUCUCAAACUGUCAAUAUUGGGCGAAGGCGUUACUCAGUUAACAAUGUUAGAGCAAAUACUCCAACUUCUGAACAGCUAGCAUCUUUGAACUUGAAGGAAGGGAGGAACACGGUUACCUUCAGUUUCUGUACAGACAUGCUGUGGAAGUAUCAGUGUGAGGCUCGAAUAUUUUUGUGGAAAUGGAACACUCGUAUAGUAAUAUCAGAUGUGGAUGGGACAAUUACAAGGUCAGAUGUUCUAGGUCAAUUCAUGCCUUUAGUAGGAAUUGACUGGUCACAGACUGGUGUUGCUCAUUUAUUCUCAGAAAUCAAGGAAAAUGGCUACCAGCUACUUUUUCUUAGUGCUCGUGCAAUUUCUCAGGCAAAUCUCACCAGACAAUUCCUAGGCAACCUUAAGCAGGAUGGGAAAGUCUUACCGGAUGGUCCUGUGGUUAUUUCCCCUGAUGGACUUUUUCCUUCUUUAUAUAGAGAAGUUAUCCGGAGGACCCCUCAUGAGUUCAAAAUUGCAUGUUUACAGGACAUCAGAGCACUUUUUCCUCCUGAUUGCAAUCCGUUCUAUGCUGGUUUUGGAAAUAGGGUAACUGAUGAAAUCAGCUACCUUAAGGUUGGAAUCCCACUAGGAAAAAUAUUCAUUAUUAAUCCAAGGGGAGAGAUUGCUGUAAACCGUCGUUGUCUAGACUCAAAAUCAUACACCUCUCUUCAUGCUCUCGUGAAUGGAAUGUUCCCCCCUACAACCUCAUCUGAGCAGGAGGAUUUCAAUUCAUGGAAUUUCUGGAAGUUGCCCCUUGAACCAUAAAGAAAUGAAAGGUUUUUAUCUUUCAAGCAUAUAUUGCUCAAUUAUCUUGGUCUGGUGUGGAUGGUUCAUGCUGUGCUGUUCCUUGAAUUAGAUAGGUGAUGUAUAUAAGCUAGCCUGAUGACAACAGCUUCAUUCUGUUGUGAACAUGUGCUGGUGGAUUGAUUUUUGGCACUCUGAAUUCGAUGUAUGGAUGGAGGAUUUAUGUAAAUUUUGCCUGCACCCUGCUUCAACACUGUUAUUUCCUGCUUGAUGCUGUGAAGAUCAGAUACCUUAAUUUUUUUUGUUUCAUUGUGCGGUUUGUGUGAUCCCGUGACUUCUCUCCAUAAUUGGUUCUGAUUUCAGAAUCAAUCAAUUGGGGAAGAGUUUUCAAUUAUGCACUUAAACUAGUUAAAUUCCACUCCAUUAAGCAUGGGCAUGACCUGAAAAAUACGUAUGAUGAGAAUCUCACUAAUUAACAUCAUAUCUCAUGAUUAUUAGUGAGUAGCACCACUUUGUACAAAUAUACAAGUAAUCUUGAAUGACUCCUCUUCAAUCUCA